GAAGCAUCUGCUCCAUUUUGAUAGUCACAUCCCAGGGAUCCAAAAUGAAGGGGCUGCAGUGGACGCUGCUCGGGGUUUUGUGUUGUGCUGGAAUCGUGUCUUCUAUCACAAGGGAAUAUUUUUUGGCCAUUAAGGAGAUUCAGUGGGAUUAUGCUCCUAGUGGUAUAAAUCUGAUUCAGAACAAAACCAUAAAAGAAGAUGAAGAAGCACGGGUGUUUCUGGAGAAGGGUGAGCAGCGGAUCGGGCGGGUGUAUAAGAAAGCAGUGUACCUGCAAUAUACUGACGCCACCUACAGGCAGGAGAUAGAAAAACCCAAGUGGUUGGGCUACCUCGGACCCCUCAUUAGUGCAGAAGAAGAUGACGUAGUUAUUGUGCAUCUGAAGAACAUGGCCAAACGAGCGUACUCCAUCCAUGCACACGGCCUCAGUUACAACAAGUCCAAUGAAGGAGCACUAUAUCCCGACUCGUCAGAAAAGGUGGAGAAAGCUGAUGAUUCAGUGGCCCCUGAAAAGUCGUUCACCUAUAUUUGGACCCUAUCGGCUUCCCAUACUCCUGGAAAAGAUGACACUAACUGCCUGACCAGAAUAUACCACUCGCAUGUUAACGCCCCCAAAGACAUCGCCUCAGGUCUCAUUGGACCUCUCGUUAUAUGUAAAAAAGGCUCUCUAGAUGUGCAUGGGGACAAGACAGCUGACUAUCUUUACGCCCUCAUGUUCACGGUGUCUGACGAGAACCUCAGCUGGUACCUGGAUGAAAAUAUCAAGACCUACUGCUCAGCUCCUGCCAAAGUCAACAAGGAUGAUGAAGGCUUCCAGGAAAGCAAUAAAAUGCACUCUAUCAACGGGUAUGUCUACGGCAACCUGCCGGACCUCAGUAUGUGCAUGGGCAAUAAGAUCCACUGGCACUUGUUUGGGAUGGGGAACGAGGUGGACCUCCACUCAGCCUUCUUCCAUGGACAGAUCCUGACGGACAAACGGCACCAUGUUGACACCGUCAGUCUGUUCCCGGCUACUUUUGUUAAUGUAGAGAUGGUGGCAGAUAAUCCCGGCCAGUGGCUCCUCAGCUGCCAGGUCAAUGAUCAUCUGGAAGCUGGCAUGCAAGCCAUUUUUGAGAUUAAGAAGUGUUUCCCAAAUGUACAUAAACCCAGACCGUUUGGAGAAGUGAGACAGUAUUACAUUGCUGCUGAGGAAAUCAUUUGGGAUUAUGGGCCAACGGGGAUAAACCAGUAUUCAGGGAAGAAACUAGCUGAUGACAGUGUAUCUGACACUUUCUUUGAAAACCGCAAUGAUCGCAUUGGGGGCAAAUACAAGAAGGUCCAAUAUGUGGAAUAUACUGACGACACAUUCUCCAAACGCAAAGAGAGGACCCCUGAGGAGCAGCAUCUGGGAAUUCUGGGUCCAAUCAUCAGAGCAGAGGAAGAGGACACAAUUAAAGUAACAUUUAGAAAUAAAGCAAGCAGGCCCUACAGUAUCCAACCUCACGGAGUGCAAUAUAACAUAGAAAUGGAUGGAACUCUCUACCACAACGUCCUGGAAGAGUCAUACACUGCCAAGAAGCUUCGUGAACUCAAGAAAGAAGCAAGAGUGGUCGAGCCACUUCCUGCUGCAUUGGUCCGACCUGACACCACCUACCAGUAUGAGUGGGUGGUUCCUAAGGAUGGAGGACCGACCGAAAAAGAUCCAGACUGCAUCACCUACAUGUACUACUCAGCUGUGGAUCCCAUUAGAGACACCAACUCUGGGCUGGUUGGACCUCUUCUGAUCUGCAAACCCAAAACCAUCAAAUCAGGAAAGCAGAAAAACGUGGACAAAGAGUUCCACCUUCUUGCAACUGUGUUUGAUGAGAACCUGAGCUGGUAUUUGGAUGACAACAUCAACAGAUUUGCAAAACAGCCUAAAUCUGUAAAUAGAGAAGAUGAAGAUUUUCAAGAGUCCAAUAAAAUGCACUCGCUCAAUGGAUACAUGUAUGGGAAUCUGAAGGGCUUGAGUAUGUGUAAAGGUGAUAAGGUGUCCUGGCAUCUGUCCGGACUAGGAUCAGAGGUUGACAUCCAUGGACUUUACUUUGAGGGCAACCGGUUCCUCUACAAAGACACCAGGAGAGACACCAUAAACGUGUUUCCUCAUAUCUCUCACACUGUCAUUAUGGAGCCUGACAGCAUGGGACAGUUUGAGGUGGGAUGUAAAACCACAGAUCAUUAUCAUGGAGGCAUGAGAGCCAACUACACCGUGGAGAAGUGCCGCUUCUGGAACCGUCAGUCUGAGACGAUGCUACACCAGAAGAAGUAUUACAUCGCUGCAGUUGAGAUGGACUGGGACUAUUCACCCACCCGCACAUGGGAGGAACAGAUGUACUAUAGUCUGAAAGACAGUCCAGGCAAUGAAUUCCUCAAGAAAGAAGGCAAAUUCAUUGGUUCAAAAUAUAAGAAGGUGCUGUACAGAGAGUACACUGAUGAAACCUUCACCAAACCCAAGGAAAGAUCUGCUGAUAUGGAACACUUGGGAAUUAUGGGACCCAUGAUCCACGGUAAAGUGGGAGAAAAAGUGAAGAUUGUGUUUAAGAACAUGGCUAAGAGGCCGUACUCCAUACAUGCCCAUGGAGUUAAAACUGACAGUCCUCAGGUGGCCCUGACACGUCCAGGUGAAACUCAGACCUAUACCUGGUACCUCCCAAAGAAUUCUGGGCCGACAGAAGAGCAGGAGGAAUGCAGUGUUGGAGCGUAUUACUCCACCGUAGAUGUUAUCAAGGACAUGUACAGUGGCUUGAUCGGUCCGCUGGUCAUCUGCAAGAAGAGCCUGGCACGUACACUGGGGCUGAAGAAAGAGAUCGAGGAGUUCGCUCUGCUCUUCGUGGUCUUUGAUGAGAAUGAAUCUUGGUAUCUGGAUGACAACAUAAAAGCUCAUGUUAAAAACCCUCCCAAUGCACUGAAGGAGGAUGAAGAGUUUAUCGAAAGCAACAAGAUGCAUGGAAUCAAUGGUUUAGUCUACGGCAAUCUUAAAGGCCUGAACAUGAAGGUUGGAGAUAAAGUGUACUGGUAUCUGAUGGGAAUGGGAAACGAGGUGGACAUACACACUGCACACUUCCACGGCCAUAGCUUUGACUACAAGGUCAGCGGCACACAUCGAGCAGACGUGUUUGAUCUGUUUCCCGGGACGUUCCAGACAGUCACCAUGCGUCCGCUGUAUUCUGGCACCUGGCUCCUGCACUGUCAUGUCACCGACCACAUCCAGGCCGGAAUGGAGACCACAUACACCGUACUCGAGAAAGAUGGAAAAAGGAGGGGCUUCCUGGGUUUGUUUGGUAGUGGUUGAAAUUCUAUAUGCCUGUAAAAGGACGUUUGUGUUAAUUCUUGCCCAUGAUUUUUCUAAAUAAACACUUGUAGUUAUUUGAAUUACUUUGUGUUUUGCGAAAGAGCAGAAAAA